GAUAACCAAAAUAAUACAGUAUAUAGAGUGAUAUAGAGUUUGCCUAAUUUCCAAAAAGAUAUAGCUAUACGCAUAUAUCUAGUAAUGGAUGCUAAGUUAUACAGUGAUGUAAUCAAUGGAAAGCAGGGUGCAGAUUUAUCUCAUCAUAAAGAGAGAUCCAACGGCCAGAAGAACACGAUUCUUCAUCUAGCAGCUAAAUCUGGGAAGGGCGUGCAGCUUGCAGAAGAUGUGCUGAGUUUCCAUCCGUCGCUUCUGUAUGAGCAAAACAUCCAAGGAAACACUCCGCUUCAUAUUGCAGCAAAAUUAGGGGAUCUAGAAAUGGCGAAGUGUUUAGUGGAUUGGGAAAAAAAGAGUAAUGAUGUUGAACAAGAUAGGAAGCUGCUAACCAUGGUGAAUCUGGAGAAUGAUACGGCGCUUCAUGAGGCUGUUCGAUAUAAUCACUUUCCGAUUGUCAAGUUCUUGGUUGAAGAAAAACAAGAUUUGGUUUCUCUUGUAAACGGCACCGGAGAAUCUCCUCUUUUCAUGGCGGUCGAUAGAUGCCUUCAUGAUGCUGCCUUCCAUAUCCUAUGCAAUAUUCCUUCAACAAACAGCUCUAAUAUUGCUGCUGCUUAUGCAGGAAGAAACGGCAUGAAUGUCUUGCACGCAGCCGUCAUUCGAGCCAAAAAAUGUUAUCGGAUUUCUACUUUUGAAGAGGGUCUUUUAAAUCUUGUGAAGAAUCUCUUUUGUUGCCGUAUAUGCUGUCGUGCACUCGAGGAUAAAAAAAAUGCCAUAGGGAAUAUUAGUGGACACUUCUCUCUAGUUUUAACCGUCAAACAAAGAGUUAUAUACCGACUCAGGUGUCAUGGAUUAUACCCUCACCUCUCGAGAAGCGAAAAAGACUUUUUCGAUGAGGUGCUAAAUAAGCAAGAGUCUAUUCUAACACUACUACUAGAAAAAGAUGAUUUUGGGUGGACUCCUCUUCACUGUGCAUCAUAUAUAGGCAGCAUGGAACUUGUUGAACGAUUUGUGGAUAAAAGUAACAAUUUAGCUUAUAUAAAGAACAAGGAAGGUAUGUCUGCCCUUCACUUAUCAGCAAAGAAAGGACAUGUCGAUGUAAUUGGAACACUGAUGAGAAAAUGUCCAGAAAUUUGUGAGUUGUUGGAUGACAACAAUCGAACAGCUCUUCAUGUUGCUGUGGAAAGUAAAAAGAAAAAUGUGGUAAAAUUUUUCCUAGAAUCAUUGCCAUUUCAGGAUCUUGUUAACAACAAAGAUAAGGAUGGAAACACAGCAUUGCAUCUCGCCUCAAUUGAAAUUGAUAUCGAAAUUUUGGAAGUGCUGUCAGAUGACUCAAAAAUUGACAAAGGGGCUAUAAACAAUGAGGGAAAAACAUUUUUGGACAUUGUGCUAUCAGACAAUCAAAUUACGGCUUAUGGACUUUUAGAAAUCGUGAUGAAGUUGAAGACAGUUAAUGUUUUACCAAGUUUGGAACAAAAGUUCACAAGAGAAACUAACAAAGCUGCUGAGAGAAGUCUUGAAAUAAAAACAGAUGCACAACAAGCUGUAGACAAAGAAAGAAAACAGCAGCAAGAUACUAGUAUUGCUAAAGAAAAGCAGCAGCUUGAUCUAGAAGAAAAGAAAGCAGUUGGGAUGGAUUUUGACAACAUAAACUUAGUGAUAAUCACAAUCAUUUCUGCUGUAACAUUUGCAGCUGCAUUCACGAUACCUGGUGGUCUAGACAAUAGAAAAGGCACAGCAGUUUCAAAGGGAAGAGGAGAUUUCAAAUUUUUUCUAUUAUUUGAUUCCUUGGCAUUUGUUUUUUCGUCUGUCUCGAUGAUUAUCCACUUUUCUAUCCGAAUACUUGGACGAUUAAUCCCUAGUCGUACAUACAAAUAUUUUUGGCUACCGCUCCUCACAAUAUUUUCAGUUAUCACAAUGGUUCUUGCUUUUGAGCAAGGCAUUGAAAUAGUCUACCAUGAAAAAUCAGACAUCUUUAAUGCCUCCCGAUAUACUGUUUCAUACAUCUUCAUUGGCAUCCUUUCAAUUUUCAUAGGUACAUCAGCUAUUUUUCCAAUAGUUGUAGAGCUCCCUGCAAGCGAGGCACGAGAUCUCGGACUCUGGAGUAUGUAACAAAAUUAUUAAAAUUUGUACGUAAUCUAUUGAACUUCUUAUGCCUCAACCAUAUUUUUGUAUGUACAAUUUCUUUGGUUGAUAUUAAUUCUUA